CUCAAAGCCGUUGCAAGCCGCGUACCUGCAUCUUCACUUCAAGCAAGCGCGGAAUCACGCCGCGUGCAUUAGCUCCUCAAGCUCCCCAAGUUCCGUCAUUGUACAACACCUCUCCGCACACGAGGAGUUCCAAGUACAUGUACCAUGCUCGUUCAUAGCUCAUAAUUAGAAAGCUCGUGAACCUCAAACGUUCUCAUAUCCAUUGCUGGUAGUCGUUCAUUCUGCAGGCCCCAAACUCCGAACAAAAACCUCCACCCAAAAUGUCCGACCCCAAAAUCACCCAUCCCUUCACAGGCACCUUAACACUGUACACCUACUUCCGCAGCUCCUGCUCCUGCCGCGUUCGCACAGCCUGCCACUUGAAGAAUGUUCCUCUCAAAUUCAAAUACAUCAGCCUCCUCAGCGCCGAGCAAACCAGCCCACCAUACUCGUCAGAAAUCAAUCCGAACGGAACAGUACCAACCCUCCUAAUCCAUUCCUCCUCAGGUGAACUCCUCGGAAAAAUAACCCAAUCCAUUUCAAUCCUCGAAUUCCUCGAAGAAACAUUCCCUUCGCCAGACUUCCCAGCUCUGCUCCCACCACCAUCCCAAUGGCUUCAACGCGCAAAAGUCCGAGAUCUCAUCGCUUUAGUAGCAUGUGAUAUGCAACCUCCCACGAACCUCCGGAUACUGAAACAAGUCAAUCCGUUAGGCAUAACGAAUCAAGCGUGGUUCGCUGCAAAUAUGGCGAAGCCGCUUGCAGCGUACGAGGAGAUUCUGGUCCAGACGGCGGGGACAUACUCGGUUGGAGAUGAGAUUUCUUUGGCGGAUGUUUGUCUUGCGCCAGCGAUUGAGAAUGCGGUGAGGUGGGAGGUGGAUUUGUCGAGUUAUCCGAAUGUUGUGAGGGUUUUUGAGAAUUUGAGGAGGGUGGACGCGUUUGUGAAGGGGGAUUGGAGGCAUCAGGAGGAUACGCCGGAGGGGUUGAGAGGGUGAAGGGUACGGCGUUCGGGGUCGGCGCUGCGAGGUGUUUGGGUGGUGUUCGCAAUGGCAAAAGUAUCGACUUCGAAGAAGAGUUCUAGCAUGGCCACAAUAAGACGUCAGGAUGUCCAUCCUUCUGUCGACCGUUCGCGGUGAAGAGCAUCUUCUUUUAGCAGGCCGUGGCAACGAACGGCCAGGCGCAGAUUGGAGAAAGCACAUCUUUUGCCGACCAUUGCCAUACACUUGAUGUACGUGACGCACUCUG